AUGGAGCAGCGGUCUGAUGACUUUAAACCAAAAUACGGCGAAUUUCCCUGUCCCUCUUGUGGCCGAAUUUUCAAAGUAGAAAGUUCAGUACGACGGCACAUCAGAUACUUCUGCGGAAAGAAGCCACCACCGAUCACGGGCUAUACAAAGUACGGCGAAGACGAUUAUGAAUGCACCAAAUGCAAGAAGCACUAUAAACUGUUUUGUACUUUGAAAAGGCACAUACUGCAUGAGUGUGAUAAGCCUCCUAAAAUUGAGUGCCCAAUUGUGGGUUGUAACUAUAAGGCGAAAAUGCGAGACAGGAUGCUGAAUCAUUGCCGGAUGGUGCAUAAGAUGGACAUGUAGCUGAUAGUGUUCGUUUUCUGGGGUUCAGGAACUUGUGGUGAUGUAGAGGCAAAAGCAUUAUAUACAUAUUUGGAGACACAUUUCUGAAAUACUGUCAAUUCAAUUAUAUAGUAUAUCUCGAUUUUGAUCCACAUAUCAAAGUUAUUUUUUUUAAAGUGUCGCCCUAUUUUUCUUACAUUUUCGGAUUAAAUCUUAAAAAAAACAGGAUUGGCGUAACAUACUCAAGGGUUUUUAUUAUCAGUUAUUGAGUUGGGUAUUAUAUCUGAAAAAAAUACUAAAGCCUACAUACCCGGACAGUGACUUUAGUGUCAGUAUUUUUUGAUUAACCUCAGUUUGAAACUAAUCAUUCCAUGUAUUAAUUUUACUGAUUGAGCAACUUUCAAGAGAACACGCUGUAUAUUCUAACUUAUUUGGAUUCCCCUUCUUACAAGAUUUAAUAUAAGCUUUUUACGUAUUAAGUUCUUGAGUUAUUUAAUUUUUUUAUAAAUUGUAGACUGUUAAUAAAUAAUCUCAUUGUCCAUGAAAUCAAAGGAAACAUAUUAUAUUUAUACUUAACACUAACUCCUUCUAAUCCAUUAAAUUAGAACUUUUCCAUGGAACCGAUAUAGCUUCACGUGUAUAAAAUAAAUUGAACACCGAAAGCUUGAUAAAAAUGAAAUGUGUUACAUUUUGGAAGGAAAGUAUGGCAUAAACAAUACUUUUGAAUCCUAAAUUUUGCGGUUGCAGUUUGGCAGAUAAGUAACAAGCAUCAGGCUUGCUCAUACUAAAAGUAUUACGCGGUGAAGUAGAUAAGCGUGAUAUAAGCAAGAAAUGACAUCUUUUUUUACACCGAAGCAGCCGCGCAGGCAGAUGUCUAAAUCCCAAAGAAAUUUUGUUGAUCCGAUUUUUCAGGUGCCUUAGGUUAGUAGAUCUAGAAAAAGCCUCCCGUUGUGGAUAGUUCCACAAUCUCGACAGCCUCGGGACAAAGAAGCGAUCAAGAGUUUUUGCUUUUAAGUUAUAGUUUCUUAAACAGAUGGGAUGAAUGUAUACUGGAGAUUUGAUAAAAUUGAAUCAACUGUCAAAUGCAUGUAAACUCUGCAGUUAAUUUUAUAUACUUACUUCUUGUCCGAGACCAUAAUUUAUGUAAUGUGAAAAUGAGUAUACAUAGUUUUAUUUGUUAUGGAAAACAUAUUUUAUCCAUGUUAAUGCUGUUGCGACUUUUAAAUAUCAUGUUUCUGUUAGAUAUAGUAUGAAUACUGUAAAUAUAAUUAUGUUUAUUUUAAGGGAUAACGGUUGAGUUUGGAUUAUUGCAAAGUGUG